GCUUAAAUGGUUAAUGAUUGAACAUUCUUGUGACAUUUUGGAGUGAAGGAGCAAGGUUUGAGUGAUGGACAACAAAUAGAAUUGUAAUGAAAAAAUCAAAAAGGUAAACACAGGCACAAAAUGAGGUAAAAAAAAUGUAACAAAAAAUCAAAUAAAGGCAAUUGAGAGGCUGAAUAGACUUGAAUUCAUGGGCUUGUGAAAUGAGUUCUCAUAUAGGAGAAUGUCAGUGCAAAGCACUGAAAAGGUGGUCCUGUGUCUUUUAAAUAAGGAGGAAGGAAUGAGGUGCAGGUGCAUGUGAUUAAUUAAUUUAAAGGUGAUUGUGAACUUGGAAGUGGUUAUGUGUCAUGAUUGGUGGAGGGACUGGUGAUUGACGAGCUGGAGGAGGAUGGAAGGGGCUGUGAGGGUGAUAGUCUGUGGGUGUGGGCCAGAGCAUGACAAUUCUAACUCAUUUUGUAUUUUCACUGAGUUGUUUUUAGUUUGUAUUAGUGUCCCUGUUAUAGAUAGUGUAUUACAAAUGAAAUGGCCUUAUCUUGAGGCAGUGUUCCUAUACAUACUGUACUGAUAGCUUUGUACAUAUUUAAUCAGCACACACCAAAACAUAGUGUUUAAACAAAUAAACAAAAAUGACUGUCAUAACAGUUGUUUAUUUCUCUCCUUUAGAUGCCUUGAAAUAAAGGAAGAAACUGAUUUAUGUAUAAGAAAUAAUGGAUGAACUUCACAAGUUGCCACUUGAACAAUGGACAGAAUCUAUGGUGAGCACAUGGUUAAAAUCAAUAGGUGUAAAAGAAGAGUACAUUCAAAAACUUAAAGAAGAGGAAGUGAAUGGUCAAGUCCUGCUUGAAAUCACAGAGGACUUUCUGAAAAAAGAGACUGGAAUGAAAUCUGGCCCUGCACUCUUGAUAAUUAAGAAAAGAAAUGCGUUAAUUGACACUGUAGACAAAAUUCAAAAGCAGUGCAAUAAGGCAUGUGAAAAGCCUGCUAAAAUUAAGGACCCAGGGGCAGUGUCCAACCAAAGAACCAGCCAUCCCCAGCAGGAAGAGAUCAAAGAAGACUUUGUCACUGUCCCAACUAAAAAAAGAGAUACAAAGCCUCGACCUUUGGGCAAAAAUGGCAUUGACUAUGCAUAUGUAAAACACGAUGUUCUUGAGCCAGAAUCAGGUGUCAUUGAUCUAAUAAGGCCAUGUCAUGAAUACAAGGCAUUUACAGUUGCCGCAACUUUAGAUCGCCAAAGACUUCAAGCAAAGUUUGCAAAGGAAGUUUUAAAGUUUGCUGCAGGAUGCAUAAACAUUAGAUCAAAUGGCACCAUUUACUUUGGUAUAAUGGAUAGCAGGGAUAAUACUGGCCAUGUGCAUGGUGAAAUCAUUGGAGUUCCCAUUAAAGAAAAAGAUAUGUAUGUUGACGCAUUGGAUCAUAUUGAAAAGAGUUUCUCUAAUAACUGCGAGCUUGCACGGCAGUGUAUUCGACCACCUCAAUUCAUUCAGGUUAUUCAACCAAACAGCAAAGAAGAACAUUAUGUAGUUGAAGUUGAUGUUGUUCCCUCAGUUAGCUUAGUGAAGAAUAGGGUGCUUGCUGUCCGUUUGCCAAACUUCAGAGAGAAUUCCAAUAAAGUUGAAUUUGAAAAGGAAGUAACUUUUUGUAGAGUUGGGUCCAAAACGGAGCCAAUUUCUGACCUAAAUGAAUUUUACCAAGGAAUCUGUCAAAGGGAUGCCCAAAGGGAGAGUGCAGAGCAAAUACACUCUUUCACAGGCCCAGAUCUCUGCCAAGACGUGGGAAGAAAACUUGUCAUGCUUUUAACAAGUGGGAAGAAAACCAUGGACAAAGAGAAAUGGUACAUACUUGUUACAAACAAGUUCCGAAAGGAAGAUCUUAGCAGCAUUCAUUUUUUGCUGAACAUGAAUAUCUUCUGUGUGUUUGACUUUGACCCAGAUUCCAAUACGUCUGGGUUAUGUCGUGAGUAUGUUAAGCACCAUACUGCAAACCUUCAUUUCCUGCAUAACUACAAAAUUCAAAGUGACAUGAGUAUCAGAGAAUUUGAGAGUCGCCUCCAUUUGUUUGAACAGACAAGCUGGAUAUUUUGUAAUGGACGAAAUGAUUUCAAAGGCAAUGAGAAGCCUUGUGAUGAGAACACUUGGUCUAAAACAAAGAGGACUUUCUUAAAGGAUUGUGUGUCACUGAUUUGCAAGGACAUCUUGCCCAAAGGAACCUUUCUUGUGAUUUUCCUUCUCACCUCACACGUGGAGACACCUCUCCUGAGCACAUUCUAUGAAUUCUUCACUGACAUGAAUGGACAUGAAGACAUUAUAUGCAUCUCAGAAUCAGAGGAGAACUUUCUAAAAUGGCAGGCAUUUGCUCUUCAUUCCUGUGAUUCAGAAACCGUGGAAAAAUCAAGUGUUGUAGGAAUGCAGAUGAACCAUGUCAAUGCAACUCUACAGGAAGUCCAGACUUCCACUACUACCAAGCUCUUACCUGUGUAUGCCAAUGCAAAGUGCUGUCUUGAGAAACGUGAUGAGGAACGGAUGCCUUCGUUGGAGAUUUUAGCUGUCAACCAAUGCGAAGACCAUUGGUCUGACCAAGACACCAUUGAAUCAAAUAAAAAGGAUGUGGAGAGACAGUUUUACCAUGGAGGAAAAGUAACAUGGAUGAAUUUGUGGCUAGCUGAGAAAAACUUUGUUGAGGAAAUAAUACAUAGAGAAGCCUACUAUGACGUGACCAAACUUUUGAGUAACUCUCUUAAGCAGAGCCCUGUUUGUAUGCCCAUCAGUUGCAUCAAUAUAUACCAUCAUCCUGGCAGUGGUGGAAGCACAGUAGCAAGGCAGGUACUUUGGAGUCACAGAGACAGACUAAAGUGUGCGGUUGUGAAACCGUCAUACCCUAUCGAUAUAGUCUCAAAACAUGCUGUCGAGCUUCGAGAGUAUGGGGAGAAAGAUCCACACAAAUGCCUCUCUGUUCUCUUACUUGUUGAAGAUUGUGAGAAAGAGUAUUUAGAAGACUUGAAGAAUGAACUGGAAGAGGCUGUCUACACCAAGGAAGUUUCACAUGGAACACCAUGCUUCAUUCUCCUCAGCUGUAAAAGAUCCAACACUCCAGAGAAAAUGUGCAAGGAGUCACCCCUACAGAAUGUCUCUGUGACUCACAAACUUUCCUCAGAAGAAAAACGACAAUUUGCAAGAAAACGGAAACAGCUUGAGAGAGAGUUCCAGCCAGAGUUUAUCUUGACAUUUGUCUUGAUGAGUGAGGAAUUUGAAAAUGAUGUAAUUGCUAAAUAUGUUAAAACAUUUGUAAGAAAUUUGCUACAAGACAUUGAUUAUGCAUCUGUCGUGACUAGACUCAUUCGCUACGUAGCUCUGCUCAACACCUAUGUCCAGAACUCUUUUAUUUCACAGUCACACUGUGAAGCCCUGCUUGCUUUACCUAUGCAUAUGAAUAGAUUCCGACAGCAUGCAUUUGAGCAUUCUCUGAGCGAGCAGGCUAAAUUAAUCUUCAUACAUUUGAGAGAUGAAAGGACCUACAUUGAAUCUAUCAGAAUCAUUCACCCACUGGUUGCAGAGAACAUUCUCCAUCAGCUUUUGGGGGACAAACAACAAAGUGACCUAGCACGGGAGCUUCUCAGAGAUGAUGUGCUCUUUGAGCACAGAUUUGGGAGAGAAGAUUACAUGAAGUUCCUCCGAGCACUGUUCAUGAAGCGCUACAGGAUCAGCAAAGGCGAUCAAUCUGACAGCCUUUUCUCUCCCCUCAUUGAGCAUAUCAUAAACAAUGAAGAGGUGGGAAAAGCCAUUGAGCUCCUUAAGGAGGCAUACAAAAGGUUCAACAAGGAUGCAUUUUUUGCUCAGCUCCUAGCUCGUCUCAACUACCGCCAUGAAAGAUUUGAAGAGGCAGAAGAUUGGGCUGACAUUGCAGUAAAAACACUGCCUAACAACUCCUACAUCCUUGACACAAAAGGUCAGGUGUACAAAAGAUGGUUCAUAGCCAAAUGCAAAUCCAUGGAUAAGAUUGACAAAACACCAGAGAACACAGCAGAUGCCAUUGAAACAGCUCUUAAAGCCAUUGAUUGUUUCCAAGCAUGUGAGAAGGCAGCAGAAGCAGACAUGGAUGCAAUGAACCUUUCAGGGUUUUUUGGAAAUGUACAUGUUGGAUGCAGCUUAUUAAAGUUGAUUACUUCACUUCCUGUGUUCUCAAUAAACGUGAAUGGUCGUUCCGAAUGCCUGAGGUACCUGCUCACAGACCACAUUCCAAUGGAAAUUGAAAAACCAUGGCAGAAAUUUCAUGACAAGCUCAAAAACCUUCAAGCUACAAUGCAUGAGUCAUUGGAUUGGAUAUCCGAAGACCUGAGUUAUUUUCAGAGAGACCCAAAUACAGUUGAGGAGGAGACCUCUAAGAGCUGUGAGAUGACCAUACGUAAUGCUAAGCAAUGGUUGGUAACCAAGUCAGCUGUUUAUGGCAAGUACUUCAGUGAGGCUUCACUCAGCACUGUUCCUAGUCAGUGGCAGUCUAAUCCAGCAUGUCUGUCUCCCUUAAUUAAGCGCAUGAUUAUCUACCACCUUGGUGGGGGAAACAUCACAACAAUCUUUUCCAUUCUAGACCAGAAAGACAAAGUCAAAACUUUUGAGGACAUAAUUUCACUGUAUCCAAAAAACCCUCUGAGUGCUCACAUGGAUCAGAAGGAUCUUGUCAAUUAUACUGCGACACAUAUUGCAUUCAGUGCAGUCUCACCACAGUCACAUAGGCUAGCUGCCUUCAGUGAUCUGCAAAGGCUCAGCCGCCAGUUUCUUCAGGACAAGUCAAGGUGCCUUACAAGUGCACUUUUUUUAUGUAUGCUGCUGUUCUGGCCAGAGGAGAAUGACUCUGAUCGUGAAAAGGAGAACAAAUAUGAAGAGGUUCUCUCUGCUGUUGAAUUCCUCAAAAGAACGUACUGGGCCAGAAUCAAAGAUAUCCCUCAUAGAAGGAAGCGCAUUUAUACCCAUUUCUUCCUGGGAAAUGGAGCUCAAUAUGAGAAAUUUGUCCACAAAAGUAAGAUUGAAACGAGAACCAAAAUGUCACUUUCAGAAAAGCGUCAAAAAUGGAUCCAAGGUGAAUUGCUGGAAAUGCCAAACAUUGCAGAAAUGCUCAAGCGUGUGACUGGCUGGACAGAGGAUGGAACUGUGUACCUCGAGGGUCCUAAAACAAAAAAGUUUCCCAUUCUGGCUCUUCAUGCAAAUUCAGUACCUUAUGGCAGUGAAAAUGUCACCUUCAAUUUGGGCUUCACAUUGAGAGGGCCAGUUGCAUACAAUAUUAAGACAGUAAAUGGUCAGGCUAUUUAGAAUUUGUCGAACAUAUAUUCCUAAGAAACUGAAGGAGGACUUUUCCUGCAAAAAUUUUACAUGACUGCACACAAACAAACUGACCAGAACGUACACAUUUUUUAAACUUGGAGUCUUAAGGAUAUUGUUGAUGGAAUCAGUAAUGUUUUACUUAAAUAUCAAGAUGUAUGAUCAUUUGAAUAUUGUGCACAAUUUUGUUACAUUAUUGUUAUGAAAGUAAAUGGUCAGGCUGUUUAUAACAUGUUGGAAAACAUUUCUAAGAAACUGAAGAAAGACAUUUCCUGACCAGAGCUUGUACCUUUUUUGACUUUUAGGGAUAUUGUUGAUGGAAUCAAUAAUGUUUGACUUGCAUAUCAAGACAUAUGAUUGUUUAUACUGUGCCCACUUUGUUGUUAUAUUAUUGUUAUAAAAAUGAUUUUCCUUCUGUUAUUUAAUCUUAAAUACUUCAGAGAGCUCAUUUAAUGCCCAGGCUUUUUUUUUAAAAAGGAAUGUUUUCAUGUCAUAGGAUUUGGUUAUACUUCAGAGAAGUAAUGCAGAACAGACUAAUUAUAAGCUCUCAUUUGAAUGUUACCUCUGUGAAAGUGUUUGUGGUACUUUUGAUACUCAUGAUCUUUCUAUUUUUUUAAUAUCUUUAAUAAAAUACUAAUAUAUAUUGCUA